AUUAACGGGAAUGCCAGAGACAGAUACAUUAAAGAAAAUAAUAAGAGACUUUGAGUUGCCGAUAGAAUUAGAGCCAUUUAGAAAAAAAUUUAGGGAGGAAACAGAUCAUCUUAUAGCAGAUGUUGAUUUUAUGCCUGAUUUCCUGAUAGCCCUAGCCCCGAAAAGUGUUUGGUGUUCGAAGACGCUACGAAUGGUGUAACCGCAGCUUUAUCAGCUGGUAUGCAGGUUGUAAUGAUACCAGAUCCGAGUGUUCCGUAUGAAAGUUGGAAACGUGCAACACUGAGACUAGACAGUUUAGAAUGUAUGGUUCCUGAGCUGUUUGGCCUUCCACCUCUCCCAGAAAAUUGCUUUACUAAACUUAUAAGCGCAAAAGAUCCAAAAGAUAAAGUAGAUUUUAUGGAAAAAGACGAAUAUAAAGGACAAAAAAUGAAAGCGGAAUUUUCAAAGAAAAAGGUCUCAGUUAAAGAAGAACCAAAAAUAAAUGGAGAUUCUGAUGUAAUGAAGGCAAAUAGAUCCCAGGAGUCCGAUCCCAAUUUUGCUGAAAGUGAUGAAGAACUUAUAGAUGAAACUAAUUAUAAAGAAAUCUAACUAAUGAACUUUUAUAUUUAAUUUGCAAAAAGCAGCAAUAAACUUCUUGAUAAACGA